AAUCUUCCUCGUUCAGUAGAGCCCUCUAUCUGCCAGCAAAAUGAACGAAUCCCCACACAUUACAUUGCUACACAAGCCACGCUUGCAUUCAUGACUUCAUUCACGCUCCUCAACAGCCCAGGGAUACGAGCAUUAUUUUUCUCAGAAAAUGGAACUGCACCUGAGCUACAGGGCCCGUGACCUUCAAGGCAGAUGAGCGAAUCCGGAGGUGGGACCACUCGUUCAGGAAGAAGGACUUUGAUCCGACGGCCACUGCCGUCACCUCCCCAGCCCGGAGCUCCCGGAUAAGCCGCCUGACUUGGAUUCUCAGACGGCUACCACCUUCCCUUGCGGCCCAUCGAGCCGUAACCAGCCGCCAUUCACCGGACUUCCCAAACCAGGAAAACCCCCGCCAAGAGCCCGAGCGUCCCGGCUUGUAAUUCGCAGCGUGUACAGGGCGAGGCCGCGCGUCUGCAGUCACCCCACGGGUUGUUACCCACGAACCCGGAUCGGGCGUUGACUGGCUAACCCUGGCUCCCAACGCCCUCCCGACCUCCGUCACAGGGAAGCUCCCAAACACCACGGGACCCGCCCCUGCGCCCACAAGCCGCUCUAGCCGCGCACGGAGCCGGCACUCUCGUUGCUCCCGCCCUGACGUCAUCAGCGGGCGCCGCGACGAAGUGGUGGGCACGCGCAGCCAAGAAGAUGUCUCCGACGCCGCCGCUCUUCAGUUUGCCCGAAGCGCGGACGCGGUUUACGAAAUCUACGAGAGAGGCUCUGAACAGCAAAAAUAUCAAGCCCUUGUUGAAUACCUUUAGCCAGUUACCUGGCAGUGAAAAUGAAAAAAAAUGUACCCUUGACCAGGCUUUUAGAGGUGUUCUAGAAGAAGAAAUUAUAAAUCAUUCAUCAUGUGAAAACGUUUUAGCUAUUAUUUCUCUUGCUAUUGGGGGAGUAACUGAAGGUAUUUGUACGGCAUCUACACCUUUUGUAUUGUUGGGAGAUGUUUUGGACUGUCUUCCUUUGGAUCAGUGUGACACAAUAUUCACUUUUGUGGAAAGAAAUGUUGCUACUUGGAAAUCAAAUACAUUCUAUUCUGCUGGGAAAAAUUAUUUACUACGUAUGUGCAAUGAUCUCCUACGAAGAUUAUCAAAGUCCCAGAAUACAGUCUUCUGUGGACGAAUUCAACUCUUUUUGGCCAGGCUUUUCCCUUUAUCUGAGAAAUCAGGUCUUAACUUGCAGAGUCAAUUUAAUCUGGAAAAUGUCACUGUUUUCAAUACCAAUGAGCAGGAAAGCACAUUGGGUCAGAAGCACACAGAGGACAGAGAAGAAGGAAUGGAUGUAGAAGAAGGUGAAAUGGGAGAUGAUGAAGCUCCAACAACUUGCUCCAUUCCAAUUGAUUACAACCUGUACCGAAAAUUUUGGUCACUUCAGGAUUACUUUAGGAACCCUGUGCAAUGCUAUGAGAAAAUCUCAUGGAAAACUUUUCUCAAGUAUUCUGAAGAAGUCCUAGCUGUUUUUAAGAGUUAUAAAUUAGAUGAUACUCAGGCCUCAAGGAAAAAGAUGGAAGAAUUGAAAACAGGAGGAGAGCAUGUAUAUUUUGCAAAAUUUUUAACAAGUGAAAAGUUGAUGGAUUUACAGCUGAGUGACAGUAACUUCCGUCGACACAUCCUGCUGCAGUAUCUCAUUUUAUUUCAGUAUCUCAAGGGGCAGGUCAAAUUCAAAAGUUCAAACUAUGUUUUAACUGAUGAGCAAUCACUCUGGAUUGAAGAUACUACAAAAUCAGUUUAUCAACUACUAUCUGAAAACCCCCCUGAUGGAGAAAGAUUUUCAAAGAUGGUAGAGCAUAUAUUAAACACUGAAGAAAACUGGAACUCAUGGAAAAAUGAAGGCUGCCCAAGUUUUGUGAAAGAAAGAACAUCAGACAGCAAGCCCACAAGAGCAAUACGGAAAAGAGCAGCGCCGGAGGACUUCCUGGGCAAAGGGCCCAGCAAAAAAAUUCUGAUGGGCAAUGAUGAGUUAACAAGGCUUUGGAAUCUCUGUCCUGACAACAUGGAAGCCUGUAAAUCAGAAACAAGGGAAUACAUGCCAACUUUGGAGGAAUUCUUCGAAGAAGCCAUUGAACAGGCAGACCCUGAAAACAUGGUUGAAAGUGAAUACAAGGCUGUGAACAACUCAAAUUAUGGUUGGAGAGCCCUAAGACUGUUAGCACGGAGAAGCCCUCACUUCUUCCAGCCAACCAACCAGCAGUUUAAAAGUUUGCCAGAAUACCUCGAAAACAUGGUAAUAAAGCUAGCCAAGGAAUUACCACCUCCUUCUGAAGAAAUAAAAACAGGUGAGGAUGAAGAUGAGGAAGAUAAUGAUGCUUUACUGAAGGAAAAUGAAAGUCCUGAUGUUCGGCGAGACAAACCUGUAACAGGGGACCAAAUAGAGGUAUUUGCCAACAAACUGGGUGAACAGUGGAAGGUCCUGGCUCCUUACUUGGAAAUGAAAGACUCAGAAAUUAGACAGAUCGAGUGCGACAGCGAAGACAUGAAGAUGAGAGCCAAACAGCUGCUCGUGGCCUGGCAGGACCAGGAGGGAGUGCACGCAACGCCCGAGAACCUGAUAAACGCGCUCAACAAGUCUGGGCUAAGUGACCUUGCAGAAAGUCUAACUAAUGACAAUGAGACAAACAGUUAGCUUCGUUCUUUUAUUAUUAUUAUUAAAACUGUGAUAAGGUUUUGUUACCAAGCAGCAUUUGAUAAGAGGUCCACUGGUUUUGGUAAACAAUAAACAUUUUUAUAACAGUU